UGUUUAAUUGAGUUGAUACUGAUCCCCCUUGCGUAGCUCUAGCUCGCCCAAGCCCUGCACAGCUAUCAUAUGUCCGCGAACACAGCGACCAGGCACCCAGAGACGACGGCGUUCGACGAGGGGCUCGUACAGCGGUAUCCACUGCUGUUCAGUUCGUGUCGAACCGUACAGAAACGAAUACAGCCGAACAAGGCGCCGCCUUGUCUCGCAACCACUCCCUCCAACACAACACACCUUUGGGCCGCGUCGACCGCAUCCCAGCCCCAGUUGCCACAAGCAGCUAUCGCCCUCAGCAGUGGACACACACACCUCAGAGUGAGAACCAGAGGGGGAAGAAAAGAGCGCUGGGGGUCGAGGAAGUCAAGGAAGAGGAGGUCGAUGAAGAGCCCCGGAAGAGGCACGCCGCGAACAAGGAGAAUGUUGCCGCCGACCCCAGCAAGUACGACGAUGGAGAGCGUGACCCAGAGGGUCCCAGGCCUAAGCGUAGCAGGCGAAGUGCACUCCGCCCGUCCUUCUGUCACCCGUCUCGCCAUGUGGAGAACCGUGACCGAGCCCGUGCUGCAGGUGUCGUCAAUGUGCGGACAGCUGCGUCCGCCAUGGUUGCUGCUCCGCCUGCCCCUAUGCCUGCCGCGCCGGUCGCUGCGCCGAUGCUCGCGGUCGUCGCGCCGGCCGCGCAGCCGGCUCAAGGUGCCUUCGUCGCCAUACCGGCUCCGCCUGCCGCACCAGCUCUGCCCACCCCCACCCACCUCCCGCCAAUCGUCCAGGUACUUGCUGGUCUCCCUAACCCCCCACACAACAUCGUGCUGCCUCCGAUCGUCGCACACCAGCCUCCGCUCGUUGCACACCAGCAUCCGAUCGUCCCAAACCAGCCGGCGACGACGCAGAACCCUAAGAUGCAGCUUGGCUUCAUCAUGAUGUAGCGGCUCGUGGUUCCCUACCCAACAAAGCGCAGAGAAUUAGCUCUAAAAUGGUCUUGAAAUGUGCAAAGUAGUUAGCCCUCAUCUAUCGAUUCUUGGUUGCGCACCUCUGGGCAACCAGUCUUGAACUAGGUGCAAGCUGGAGCUUGUAGCUGAGACAAUAUUGGCUUGUCGUCGUCGUCAGUAUCAUCGUGGAGAAAUGUGGUGGUGCCCGUUGUAGCCUGAUAUACGAAGGGAGAGAUCUGGAGAGAUGCAGGUGG